CGUCUGCUAGGUUGGCAAACGUUGUAGUCGCCGCCACCGAUAGAAAGCUAUCCGUGGGGACUGGCAGCCUUUGAGCAGCCCUCUGAAGAUCAACCGCCUCAGGUGGCAUCCAUCCUGCCCAAGGAGCUUUCUCUUCCCUUUGGUGGUGCUCAGGACAGGUGCUUGGCACGCCUCACUUCUCAAGAGUCAGAUCAUGAACAACUGCAUCCUGCUGGAAGAGCAGUUGAUCAAGAAAUCCCAGCAGAAGAGACGGACAUCCCCUUCCAAUUUCAAGGUCCGCUUCUUUGUGUUAACCAAAGCCAGCUUGGCUUACUUUGAGGAUCGUCCUGGGAAGAAGCGCACAUUGAAGGGCUCCAUCGAACUGUCCCGGAUCAAGUGCGUGGAGAUCGUGAGGAGUGACGUCAGCAUCCCAUGUCACUACAAAUACCCUUUUCAGGUGGUACAUGACAACUACCUCCUGUAUGUGUUCGCUCCAGAUCGUGAGAGCCGGCAGCGCUGGGUGCUGGCUCUCAAAGAAGAAACGAGGAACAAUAACACUCUGGUAUCCAAGUAUCACCCCAACUUCUGGAUGGACGGGAGGUGGAGGUGCUGUGCCCAGAUGGAAAAGCUUGCAGCCGGCUGUGCCCAGUAUGACCCAACAAAGAACGCUUCAAAGAAGCCUCUUCCUCCCACUCCAGAAGACAGCAGGUGGUCCCUGCAGGACCCUAAAGAAACCCUGCUCAUCGCCUUGUAUGACUACCAGACCGACGACCCGCAGGAGCUCGCGCUGCAGCGCGACGAAGAGUACAUCCUGCUGGACAGCUCUGAGGUCCACUGGUGGCGAGUUCAAGACCAGAAUGGGCAUGAAGGCUAUGCACCCAGCAGUUAUUUGGUGGAAAAAUCUCCCAACAACCUGAACACUUAUGCCUGGUACAACAAGAGCAUAAGUCGAGACAAAGCUGAAAAACUCCUUUUGGACACAGGCAAAGAAGGAGCCUUCAUGGUCCGAGACUCCAGGACUCCAGGAACGUACACUGUGUCCGUGUUCACGAAGGCUGUUGUCAGCGAGAACAAUCCCUGUAUAAAGCAUUAUCACAUCAAAGAAACAAACGACAACCCCAAGCGAUACUACGUGGCCGAAAAGUACGUGUUCGACUCCAUCCCCCUCCUCAUCAAAUACCACCAGCACAACGGAGGAGGCCUGGUCACCCGACUCCGGUAUCCAGUCUGUUCCUGGAGGCAGAAAGCCCCGGUCACGGCAGGGUUGAGAUAUGGAAAGUGGGAGAUCCACCCUUCCGAGCUCACGUUUGUGCAAGAGAUUGGCAGCGGGCAGUUUGGCCUGGUGCAUCUUGGCUACUGGCUGCACACACACAAGGUGGCUAUCAAGACCAUCCAGCAGGGGGCGAUGUCGGAAGAGGCCUUCAUCGAGGAGGCAGAAGUCAUGAUGAAACUCUCCCACCCCAAACUGGUGCAGCUCUAUGGCGUAUGCCUGGAGCAGGCCCCCAUCUGCCUGGUGUUCGAGUUCAUGGAGCACGGCUGCCUGUCGGAUUACCUGCGCAGCCAGCGCGGGCUCUUUGGGGCUGAGACCCUGCUGGGCAUGUGCCAGGACGUGUGUGAGGGCAUGAGCUACCUGGAGAAGGAGUGCGUCAUCCACAGAGACCUGGCUGCUCGGAAUUGUUUGGUGGGAGAAAACCAGGUCAUCAAGGUGUCUGACUUUGGGAUGACCAGGUUCGUUCUCGAUGACCAGUACAUAAGUUCCACGGGCACCAAAUUCCCCGUGAAGUGGGCGUCCCCGGAGGUGUUUUCCUUCAGUCGCUACAGCAGCAAGUCGGAUGUGUGGUCCUUCGGUGUGCUCAUGUGGGAAGUCUUCAGCGAAGGCAAAAUCCCAUAUGAAAACCGAAGCAACUCAGAGGUGGUGGAAGACAUUAGUACCGGCUUUCGGUUAUAUAAGCCCCGCCUGGCCUCACCGCCCAUCUACCAGCUCAUGAAUCUCUGCUGGAAAGAGAGACCGGAAGACCGGCCACCCUUCUCCAGACUGUUGGGUCAGCUGGCAGAAAUCGCAGAGUCAGGACUUUAGCAGAAAAUCCCCUGCCAGCCUAGGGGCUACGGAUGGUGACAGAAGAAGGAUGGUCUCCUACCAUUGAGCAUGAAAAGCUGCCACCAGCCCAGGGCUCCCCGGAGGCGGCUGGAUUCCUGGUUCUGGUCCCUGAGCUGCUAUGAACAUAGCAUCCUGACAGACAGAGGCUGGAGGCCAAGCCAUGGGCCUGAGCGGAAACCUGCAUCUGCCAGUUCCAGGAAACCUUGCUUGUGCUUCUUCGCAGGAAGGAGAGGCUGAUGGAGCAGCCCGGGCUCUCAGAAUUAUUAUUUCAAGCAUGGAUCUAAAGCUGCGUGGUUCAAGAGACUUUUUGUUUUUAAUCUUGUGUCCCAACACCGCAAUUCUCCAGCCUCUGAUGGGCGAGGGAUGACAGCCCUGGCGCUUUUGCUAAGAAUGCGGUGAGUUGAUGAAGGCCAGAAAGACUUCCUCAACUGCGAAGCUGUAGACCACAGCUUCCUCUGCCCAUGGGGAGGGGGUGAGGGGGGGCACUGCUGCUCACCUCCCAGGCCGGAUGUCAUCAGAAGUGGCUUUGGGGAGUCGCACAGAGCAGGCUGCCAUUCCUCUCGCUCUGUGGGAUGGGUUCUAGCUAUUGAAGACCUAAUGUCUAGUCAGGAAUACGAGGAGCAUCCGAUGUUGGAGAACCACAGGGGACCAAAAGAGAGGUUUGGGGUUGGUUGGGAUUCCAACGCCUCUAGUCUGUACCAAGUCCUAUGAGCCAUUUUGCUUCUGCUUUGACAAAGAUUGUUGAAGGAAUGAAUACUGCUAGCACCUUUUCCCCUCCCCUGAAGCCUCACCCCCUCCCUCCACCUGCUUCCUUCUCUGUACUACCCCACUUGCACCAACAGGGGGCAGUGUCGUGCCACUCCGUGUGGCUCUGCAGAGCAAUGGAAGAUUACUUCUGCCCUAGGCCUUCAGGUUGAGAUUUGAAGAUUCGCAAGAUUCUGGGAGAAGAGUUUAAGGGGUUUGUUCCUGCUCCAGCCACCUGGAUGGAAACUGAGUCAUGCAAGAUGCAUAAAGAUGUCUGGUGUGGACGGAGCACUGUUGAUGAAUACUGCAUUCACGCCACGCCCAGGACACCAGCCCAGACAAGAACUAAGGAGGAUGUGUUCCUAACCCAAAUCUAACCCGGAUGUAGAUGCUCUAUGGCUGUUCCAUACUGCCUCCUAUUGAGAAUGAAAGGGAUUGCAAAGGAGAGGAACUCAACGAAGGAGGAAAAACUCAGAGGCUAAUUAAUACCACCUCCACCCCCACCUCCCCAAGAGAGGGUGGCGUGCCCUCUGACCUGGAAGAGGAUCUGCACUUCCUUGAUCUCCAUCCCUACCUUGAUCACUAGCUUAGUUAAUUCGCCCUUUGAUUCUCCCAGAGUCCUAGUUCAUGACCCAUUUAUACAGACGACUUCCAGACAUCUCCAAAGCACUCGACUACCCAAGUCCUAAUACUCCCUUGAUUUGUUUUUUCCCCUCUCACUUGGAGCUGUAGUCUUUCUUCUUGGACAUUUCGUUAGGAGAAAUGCUCCAUGACCUAAGAGACCCCUUGUACUCUCCAUGUUGAGAUAAAGCUCUUCGAUAAUGUUGCAAUCUGGGAUUUUGUUGUUAUUGUUGCUCCUUCCAAAUCAUGGACUAUUUUGACUGGCUUGAGAUUCAGAGGCAUAACUUUUAAGCACAACUGUUGUA